GGUGGCGGUAGUGGCGGCGGCGGCGCCCGGGCAGCAACGGCAGCGGCAGCGGCAGCCCUGAGCAGGGUGAGACGGCCGCGGUGGCGGCAGCUCGGGGUCGGGCGGCGCCUGGAGCUUCCCGCCCGUCGCUGGCGCUAGGCCCCUCGGCUCUCCUCCGCCCGCUCCUCCUCACGGCCCUGGCUGGGUCCCGGCAGCGCGCCGCCGGGGAGGGCGGAGCCGUAGGUGGAGGAGUUACUGAUGGCCAUGGAGAAGGUAAAACAGGAGCUGGAGUCCGUGAAGGCGACGCUGUCCUGCACUCAGCAGUCACUGGCAGAGAAGGAAACUCAUGUGACCAACCUUCGGGCCGAGAGAAGAAAACACUUAGAGGAAGUUCUGGAGAUGAACACAUGCAAAUGACAGUCCAGGCUCUCCAGGAUGAAUUGCGGAUCCAGAGGGACCUAAACCAGCUGUUUCAACAGGACAGUAACAGUAGGACUGGUGAGCCUUGCGUGGCAGAGCUGACGGAGGAGAACUUUCAGAGGCUGCACACUGAGCAUGAGCGGCAGGCCAAGGAGCUGUUCCUCCUUCGAAAGACUCUGGAGGAGAUGGAGCUGCGGAUUGAGACUCAGAAGCAAACCCUGAACGCUCGGGACGAAUCCAUCAAGAAGUUUCUGGAGAUGUUGCAGAGCAAGGAGCUUUCUGCUAAGGCUACUGAGGAGGACCAUGAGAGAACAAGGAGACUGGCAGAGGCAGAGAUGCAUGUCCACCACCUCGAAAGCCUUUUGGAGCAGAAGGAAAAAGAGGACGCUCUGUUGAGAGAGGAGAUGCAUCGGAGAUUUGAGAAUGCCCCCGAUUCUGCCAAAACUAAAGCUCUGCAAACUGUUAUCGAAAUGAAGGAUUCAAAAAUUUCCUCUAUGGAGCGUGGGCUCUGAGACUUGGAAGAGGAGAUUCAGAUGCUGAAAUCGAACGGGGCUUUGAGUACUGAAGAACGAGAGGAAGAAAUGAGGCAAAUGGAGGUCUAUCGGAGCCAUUCUAAAUUUAUGAAAAACAAGGUCAUGAUUGGUCAGGUGAAGCAGGAGCUGUCCAGAAAGGACACAGAACUACUAGCCCUACAGAUAAAGCUAGAAACACUCACCAACCAGUUCUCAGACAGCAAGCAACACAUUGAAGUGCUGAAGGAGUCCUUGACUGCUAAGGAGUCGAGGGCUGCCAUCCUGCAGAACGAGGUGGAUGCUCUGCGGUUGCGUUUGGAAGAGAAGGAAACCAUGCUGAAUAAGAAGACAAAACAAAUCCAGGACAUGGCUGAGGAGAAGGGGACCCAAGCUGGAGAGAUCCAUGACCUCAAGGACAUGCUGGAUGUGAAGGAGCGGAAAGUUAAUGUCCUUCAGAAGAAGAAUGAAAAGCUCCAAGAGCAACUUAGAGAUAAGGAAAAGCAGAUGAGCAGCUUGAAGGAGCGAGUCAAAUCCUUGCAGGGUGACACCACCAACACUGACACCGCCUUGACUACUUUGGAGGAGGCCCUUGCCGAGAAGGAGCGGACAAUCGAACGCUUAAAGGACCAGCGGGACCAAGAUGAGCAAGAAAAGCAGGAGGAAAUUGAUAACUACAAAAAAGAUCUUAAAGACCUGAAAGAAAAAGUCAGCCUGUUGCAAGGCGACCUCUCAGAGAAAGAGGCUUCACUCUUGGAUCUGAAAGAGCAUGCUUCUUCCCUGGCUUCCGCAGGAUUGAAAAAGGACUCACGGCUUAAGACACUAGAAAUUGCUUUGGAGCAGAAGGAAGAGUGUCUGAAGAUGGACUCGCAGUUGAAAAAGGCACACGAGGCAGCAUCGGAAGCCAGAGCCAGUCCAGAGAUGAGUGAUCGAAUACAGCAAUUGGAGAGAGAGAUUGCCAGGUACAAAGAUGACUCUAGCAAGGCCCAGGCAGAAGUUGACCGCCUCUUGGAAAUCUUGAAGGAGGUGGAAAGUGAGAAGAAUGACAAAGAUAAGAAGAUUGCUGAGUUGGAAAGGCGAGGGCACCGUGUGGCGGCGGCGGGGCCAGCGAGGCCGGAGGAGGCGGCUGUGCCCGGGCAUGGUGGUCUGGGGCAACGCGGAAGGUGCGCUGAAUCGACAGUCCUGAGUUUUGAAGUUUUCCUGGAGGGGACGUGAGGGGAUUUCUCCAGGAUCGAUGGAACUCCUUUUGUGGUGCUUCAGUGCUUCCACCAUGAAGCGCUCAUUUCCCUAUGCACGUCCCCCCGCCCCACCCCACUGUUUCCUUUACUCUCUCUCCUCCCACCCCCAAUUCCCAGAAGAAGAUCUAGGAAUCAGGUCCAAACAUAAGAUCUUUGGAGAAUCCUUGCGUGUGUUUUUUUAAAUUUUUAUUGGAGUAUAGUUGAUUUACAAUGUUGUGUUAGUUCCGGGUGUACAGCAAAGUGAAGCAGUUAUACAUAUACAUAUAAUCCACUCUUUUUUAGACUCUUUUCCCAUACAGGUCAUUACAGAGUACUGAGUAGAGUUCCCUGUGCUAUACAGUAGGUCCUGAUUAGUCAUCUAGUUUAUAGGUAGUGUUGUGUAUAUGUCAAUCCCAAUCUCCCAAUUUAUCCCUCUCCCCUCCCCACUUUCCCCCCCUGGUAACCAUAAGUUUGUUUUCUACACCUGUGACUCUAUUUCGAAUCCUUGUGUUUUACUCUCGUCCUGAAACUAGAUAAAGCCUAGUCAUCAAUCAACAGGUGAGGAAGUAGAGCCAGGCAUUGGUUGAGUGUUGAUGUUUCUGGUACAAGCUGACUCUCCGCUCAUCAUCCCACACCUUCAUCAGCCAUCAUCAUGCUGUCUGUCACCUCCUCUUCUCUGAAGAAGGCCCGGGCCAUCUUUUGAAAAUACAAAGUCCAGCAUUGAGACCCUCCCAACUGAGAGAGCAGGAAGGGCCAGGGCUGCUGAGGUGCUCCCUGAACCCCACUCAGGGGAUCUGUGUUGUUCCCACCUGGGUGUAUUGUGUGGACCCCCUAAAAUUCCUCCAAACCUCUGCCUCUGCGCUUCCAGAUUGCCCCUGAUAGAAAUGAACAAUAAUCAUAAUACCCACCACGUACUGACCGCUGGUCUCUUGAGGGCUGCCUUGCCAUUGGACAACAUUUGUUGAGCUCCUACUGUUUGCCAGACAGCGGGUACAUGCUUUAUGUGUGUUUAGCCCUUCUGACAACACUGUGAUUUAGGACCUGUUAAUAUGUCUAUUUUGCUGAAAUGGAAACUGAGGUUCAGAGUGGUUAAAUAACAAGGAAAAGUCCAUGUUUUUACCCCCUACACUAAUAUAUAUGUAUAUUUGUGUAUAUAUAUUCUAUAUAUGUAUAUUUAACAUGUAUAUGAUGUUGACUGAAAAAAAUGCACAACCUCAAAGUUGAGAAAUAUGUUUUAUUGGGUGGGCAAAACUGAGGACUUAAGCCUGGGACACAGCCUCUCAGCUCUCUCUGAGGGACUGAUCCAAAAAGGAGAGGGAGGAGCCAUCAACUAUAGGAGUUUUUGCAACAAAGACCAGGUAAUCGGAACAUGGAAAGAUUCCUGUUAAUUAAAGAAAACCAGACAUCUCGAGUUAAUGAAUUUUUAGUGUUUUUCUGUGUAUGGGAAGAUGCAAAAGUCUGGGCUCACUGAAAUCCUUCCUUUGAUAUGCACCUCAGCUAUGUGGGCCAGUAUCCUGUGCUUUCUCAUCCUGAGUUCCCUCGGGGUGCACCAUCAGGGGAGGCUGUGGCAGUUGACUGCUAGAUGGUGGGCAUCCUGUUUCCAUCCUGAGUUUCCUCAGGGUUCACUCUUGGGGCGGCUAUAAUGUGAUGGCUUGAUGGCUGCAACAUCCUUUGUUUACUGAUAUGGCAGGCAACAUUUUUUCAUUGACAAUUAUAUAUAUACAAUAGACACUGUUCGUGUUACAUAUAUUAUCUAUUUUACGUGCUACGUGUUUUUUAGACUCUUUGCAAAAAACCUUGCAAGGUAGGUGUUAUUCUUUACAUUUUGUGAAAAAGAAAUUAAAGCCUCUAACAGGCUGAGAAAUUUGUCAGGUCACUACAUCACGAUUAACAAGUCAGUGAACAAGAUUUUGAAUCCAAGUAAUCCUUUUGUGAAAACAAAACCCCCCCAAAAACAAAGAAACUAUGUUCUUUCCAUGCUCCAAAAUAUAUUUUGGUCAAGUGACUUAAGAAACUCUCCCUUAAGCUUGUCUAAAGCAGAAAAUAAGACAACAGUGCUUGACUGGAAAUUAUCAAAAGGCAGGAUCAAGCAGGAAUAAUGAAAGGGAGCCUGAGGUUUCGGGGGAUGAACCCACUGGCUAAAUAGGCCCCUGGAAACAGAAACCCACUUUUUUUUUUUUUAAUUCAUUUGUAUAUUUGUUUAUUGACUGUUUUCCUCCAAUAGAAUGUAAUCUUUUUUUUUUUUUUAACAUCUUUAUUGGAGUAUAAUUGCUUUACAAUGGUGUUAGUUUCUGCUUUAUAACAAAGUGAAUCAGCUCUACAUAUACAUAUAUCCCCAUAUCUCCUCCCUCUUGCUAGCUCAUGACUUAGGACCCACGCACAGGAGAAUUCAGGCUGCAUUAAUAGAAAAAUAUGACUUGCAGCCCUGGAGAUGUGGCUUCAGAGGAAAUGAUGACUUAAUGCUUGUGAUCUGUAAGAAUGUUGGUGUUUUGGGUCAAAUAACCUAUGCAUUUUCUCAAGGGAGGUAGGUUUGGGGAAAAAAGGCAAUAAUUAAACUGAACAUACCAACAAGGAAAAAAUAAUUUAACUGUUAUGAUGACUCAUGUAGUUGGCAGCUUCAGGUAAUGAGGUGCUCUGGAUUAAUUUUCCUGAGAGCAGAAACAUAUCCCUUUAAAUGAUGAAGCAUGUUAUCUUCAUCAAUCUUUGAAGAAAAUAUUUCCAAGGUACAUUUUAUAUUCUCUUUUGUCAGUAGUAUUCUUGACAAUUUUUAGGACUAGAGACAUAGUUUUGUUUUUGUUUUUAAAGAGUUUAAAGAACGAUUUGAUCUUUGAAAAUCAUGUUACAUCGUUGGUCCCCAGUGUUUUCAUCUACAGUAUAUGAACCUUGGGGUAGAUGAUCAUCAAGGUUCCUUCCAUCUCUAAUAUUCUCUAAGUAAAGGGCUCUUGUGCACAAUAAAAUUUAAAACAUAAGAAUCAUCGAGGGGGCUUGUUAAAAAUGCAGAUUCUUAGGUAUCAUUGUUGGAGGUUCUGAUUCAGUUGGUUUGAGUGAGGCAAGAGAACCUGUAUCAUAAAUGGGUGCAUACCCAUGGCCAUUUUGAUGACCUCAUUUUGAGAAACUGAUUCUCUUUCCAGCCUCAGAUAACAGAUGUCAUAACCAUUUUUGGCCACCAGGGUACCGUUGCUGCCCUGCCCUCAGUGGUGUGAAGUUGUAAGGGGCUGACCAGACCCAGAGGCCUGUGCUUUGAUAGUUUGCUUCUGAUCCCAUCCUCAGUAUUAACUGUCACUUAGUUAAUGUAGCUGCUGAGGAAAACCAGAUAAUCGAGCUGCAAAUUAGGUGCCCUGCAUUUGUACCUAUGAGUCAUUAAGUUUUCAUCUCAGGCUGGGUAGGGGCGAGGGGAGGACUUCCAUUUUCUCCUGUAGUCUAAAGUGCAUAAAUGAGCCACGGCUAUCUAAGACCCUGUUUGGAGGUUUCUUACUCUUCGUGUUCUUUGUCAUCCUCAGAGUCAAGUUUCUGGAAGGGCGACAUCAGGAUAAGUGGCAGAUUUCUGUGUAAAUAUGUUAACAUUUCAUAGUGAGGUUUGGGGUCAGGGCUGUCCCUGACUUCUCUUUUAAAUUUCUUUAUUUUUUAAACAGUUUUAUUGAUGUAUAAUUCACAUGCCAUACAAUUGACUCUUUUGAAGUAUAUGCAAUUCAGUGGUUUUUAGUAAAAUCUGUGAAUUUAUAGAGUUGUAUGCACCUAUCAUGUAAUCUAAUUUUUGAACAUUUCCAUCACCCUCCAAAAGAAACCUUGUGCCUAUUUGGAAUCACUCUCAUUCCCACCCCCAGACCCAUUCAACCGAUAAUUUACUUCUUACCUCUAUAGAUUUGCCUUUUGUAGACAUUUCAUAUAAAUGGGCUCAUACCGUA